GCGUCAUCUCGCCAGUUAUCGCGGUGUUAGCGCCGACAUUUCGUGCAGACGGAGCAGGCAAAGAACAGCCGAACAGAGUGUAACCCACCGUUCAUGAGCCUCAGCUCCGCCGUUUGCUCACUGAUUUCUCGGUUGUAGGCCUGUUGUUUAGCAGUCAGUAUGGCAGUAGUCAUCAGGCUGCAGGGUCUGCCGAUAGUGGCCGGCACCAUGGACAUCAGACACUUCUUCUCCGGCCUCACCAUCCCUGACGGGGGAGUACACAUCGUUGGGGGAGAACACGGUGAGGCUUUUAUCGUCUUUGCAACCGAUGAAGAUGCUCGACUCGGGAUGAUGCGUACAGGCGGGUCCAUCAAGGGCUCCAAAGUGUCAUUGUUGCUCAGUAGCAAGACGGAAAUGCAAAACAUGAUUGAGCUUAGCCGCCGCCGAUUCGAAGCAGGGGCUGGUGCUGUGGAAGCAACAGCACCUGCUGCAGGAAACACCAACAGGCAGUCAGUUGCUGCUCCUAUUCCUACAGUGCAGCCAUCAGCUGGGAGGAGCAGUAGUCAUGGAAACCAGGGCUUCAACACACCGGCUUCAGUGACAGCAGCAAGUUCAUCUCAGGAGCCUCCAAGUAACAAGGCAGUAGCCAGCCUGGCCAGUGUGGUGCCCAGCUUCCCCAACAGUUACAGUACUGCCCCCACAAUCACUACAGCAUUGGCCUCACUCAAUGCAGGGCCCCCACCCAUCCCUCCACUUCCCAGCAUGCCUUCGAUGCCCCCUAUGCCAACCCUGCCCACCAUUCCGGUCCCCCCUCCAGUGUCUUCCUUGCCCCCUGUUCCCACGGUCUCCCCACUGUCCCAGGGUCCUCCAGUGCCACCGAUGUCCCACCUUCCCCAUAUGUCAUCCCUGCCCCCCUUCAAUCCAUCCCUCCCUCCCCCUGCAGGGCUUGGCUCUGGCCUCCCUCUAGGAACCCCGAACCCCAUGCUGUUCAAUCCUCUCUCCCCUCUGGCCUCACUUGGCCUCCAGGCCCACAUGAAAGCUGCAGCUGCUGUUGCCACAGGAGCAGCCAAUCCAGAUGAGCUCUAUGUCCUCCUUCAGCAUUUACCAUUCUCUUGCUCAGAGAUGGAGGUCCGGGAGUUCUUUAGAGGUCUGGGGGUGGAUGGGGUUCGCAUACUGAGGGAUCUACAGGGCCGGCCAACAGGUAGAGCAAUGGUCAAGUUCUUCUCACCUCAGGAUAGCUUUGAAGCUGUAAAACGAGGAGGUGGCAUGAUGGGACAGCGGUUUAUUGAGAUCACUCCAGGUUCUGAGCGGCAAUGGAUCAGUGUCAAUGACGGCACCCAUGGUCAUGGUGCCCAUAACAGCAAAUCAAUCAUCAAUGAAGCACAUGACCUGCAGCAUCGCCGAGGUAAUGCUGGCUCCGGGACAGGAGGCAGGGAUCAGCGUGGCAGGUCCAGAUCUCCUCAUCGGCAGGAGUACUGUGUCUAUCUUAAAGGUCUCCCCUACGAAGCAGACAAGAAGCAGAUAAAGGACUUCUUCAAGGACUUAGCCAUGGUGGAUGACAGCAUCUACAUUGCCUAUGGCCCCAAUGGGCGAGCCACUGGAGAGGGCUUUCUUGAGUUUAAAACAGAACAAGAUCACAAGACUGCACUGGGUGCCCACAUGCAGUACAUGGGCACCCGCUUCAUCCAGGUCCAUCCAAUCAGCCGCAAGGGAAUGCUAGAGAAAAUUGAUGCCAUUCGCAAACGUGAGGCAGUGCAAAGUGAUGGCAAAAACCCAGAUGGCUCCAAAGCUCCACGGAAUUGUGCGCAUAUCACUAACAUCCCUUAUAAUGUUUCCAAGAAGGAUGUGCGUGCCUUCUUGGAAGGGGUGGGACUUUAUGAGGACACCCUAAAAGUCCUGACAGAUAGCCAUGGUAACGGUUUAGGGCAAGCCAUUUUUCAGCUGCGAACCGAGGAAGAUGCUCGCAAAGCUGAGAGACUACACCGCCAGAAACUGAAUGGCCGUGAUGCUUUUGUCCACCUUGUCACCUUUGAUCAGAUGAAAGAAAUUGAGAGAAAUCCUCCUCCUCAGAACAAGCGUGGCCAACGCAACCAGAACCAAAAUCAACAAAAUCAAAACCAACAUCAGUCAGCCCACCCCAGCCCCCAGCAGCCCCAAAUCAACCCAUUUGCUGGUAUUAGUGGGGAGGAGUUCAACUUCCUCAGAAACACCAUGGGGAACCUAAACAGUGCCCCCUUUGUAACACCAUUCUCAGCUCCAGGCAAUGGACUGGCUGGUCCUCCUCCCCUCCCUCCACUGGCUGCAGGCCUCGGUGAUGUAAAUCUGGGCGUGGCUCCUCCAUUAGUUGCUGGUCUUCCAGGAGCUCCGAUUCUGGAGCCUCCAGGAUUCCGACCUGGUGCUGCAGGAGGAGCUCCAUUUGGCCAAGAUGGGUUAAGAGGCUUGGUGCCUUUUGAAAAUCCCAACAGAAAGGCAGGUGGAGGGGGACAGAAUCGAGGAGGAGGAGCUAGCAGCAGCCAAGGCCGUCCAGGGGGCGGGACUGGAGGUGGACAGCCAGUGUUCAGUCCAGGUGCUGAUGGACUACGUAACCAGCCUCCCCCUGGAGGACCCAACAACCCCAACGGUCAGCGUGGGGGAGCUGGACCCACGAUAGUCAAGCUCCAGAACAUGCCAUUCACAGUAAGUGUGGAUGAGAUCAUGGACUUCUUCUAUGGUUACCAGGUGCUGCCGGGCUCUGUCUGCCUGCAGUUCAGUGAGAAAGGAUUGCCAACUGGUGAGGCCAUGGUGGCUUUCCAGAACCAUGAGGAGGCCACAGCCGCUGUCAUGGACCUCAAUGAUCGCCCCAUUGGUGCACGCAAAGUCAAGAUCAGCUUGGGUUAAGCCCAGCCCAGAUGGACUGAUGUUACAUGCACCCGGAUCAAGUGUCCAAACUGAAACCUCACAUAAGUCUGGAACUAGACUGUUAGCACAUAGGUCACACUGAUGGUAAAUUUCUAAACUACUUCUUCCUGUGUUCCCAAAGUCAGGCAUGUCCAGCCCCCUGUUAGCGAGUAGGACCAAUCAGAUCCAGACUUGGUUUAUUUCCAGCAGCUCUACCAACUGUGGCAAUACAAAGAACAACAAUAAUUAUGACUACACAUAUAUUGAUGAUGAUGACUGGAUGGUUCUUCUUUUAUGUUUUAUUUCCAUGAUAACGCAGUCAUAUCCCAAGCUGGAACAUGCUCACUUGCUUUGUUUCAAUGGUAACAUGAUGAUUCCAGUGAAGCUGAGGAACUGUUGCUGCUGUGUGUGCUGCUCAUGUUUAACAUGCACAUGUUCUGUUGCUACAGUAAAAUAAGGAAAAGUUCAAGUUGGUCACAGUCAUCAAAUGUGGAUGUUCUGUUGCUAUGGUAAAUUCUGUUGCUAUGGAAACUCUUACAUGCUCUGUUGCAGUUAAGACAAUACAAAUGUCCAUUCAUUUACAAAAUGUUGAUCAAAUGUCAGUGCUCUGUUGUGGUAAACUUAAAUUCUCUGUUGCCAUGACAAAACUUCUACAUCCUCUUUCGGCUCUGGUAAAAUCAGUUGCUAUGGUAAAACCUAGAAUCUGUUGCUAUGGUAAAUCUUUACAUGCUUUGUUGCUAUUGUAACCAUGUAGAUUAACUGCUUCAAAUGUGCUCUGUUGCUAUGGUGAAAUGUUAACAUCCUCUGUUGACUCUCUUGCUGUUCUACAAAGCCAUGCUGCCAUAGUGAAAUGCGGAUUAUUCUCUGUUGCUAUGGUAACCUCUUGUUGUGUUGAGGAUGUGGGAUGGACAGAUUGCUGACUGACAUUUUACUGUGUAAAUAUUGACUUUGGGAUGCCUAUUUCUUUUUUCUUAUAUUGCUGUUUGGACCCCUCCCCUUUCCCUCCCCCACCCCCCUACUGCACAUGCUCAGUAGGUGUUUUGACUGUAGUGCUCUGAGAUGAAGCCUGUAGUGUUUUUAGUUCAUUAUCUUUCUGUUGUCUGUGUGUUUUUGAUGAUGUUGAAUCUCUGUAUGAUAUUGCCUCGUACACAUGAUGUGGAGUCUCUCCUUUGCAUUGGUUAAUAAAAGGAUGAUCUGACACA